CAAUACAGGAUCAUUUACUGCAGGAAAGAGGAGCACAGGAUGUGAAGGAAUUCACUGGCCGAUCAGCUGGAAUCACAGGCUGAUUGACUGUGCUGCCAUCUUCAUACGAUUGGCUGUGAGACAGACAUGGGAGAGAAUAUUACGCACAUUAUAUGCUGAUAAUGGUUUAGGUUUCCAGUGCUGCCAUGGAGUGGUCGAAUAUCCAGGAGGGUCGGAGACGGUCACUUGGUAUCUGCUCCAGGUGUUGCUCUUAUGAAACGUUAAAGAAGAAGCUGCCCAUUCUUGGUUGGUUGCCACGGUAUACCUUGCAGUGGCUGCAGGUAGAUGUUAUCGCAGGAUUGUCUGUGGGGCUAACUGUGGUGCCGCAGGCUCUGGCCUAUGCAGACGUGGCAGGACUUCCUGUGCAGUACGGACUUUAUUCCUCGUUUGUUGGCUGCUUUGUAUAUUGUGUCUUGGGGACGUCUAAAGAUGUGACACUUGGUCCCACGGCUAUCAUCUCCUUGCUGGUAUCUCUCUAUACAUAUGAAGAUGUCUCUUUGGCCAUUCUCCUAUCUUUUCUGUCUGGCUGCAUACAGCUAGCAAUGGGGCUCUUAAACUUUGGCUUCCUCUUGGAUUUCAUUUCCUAUCCAGUCAUCAAAGCGUUUACAUCGGCCGCUGCCGUCACUAUUGCCUUCAGCCAGGUGAAGAACCUGCUGGGUCUGAAGGAUAUUCCUCGUCAAUUUGUUCUGCAAGUUUACAAAACAUUCUGCAAACUUCCAAGUACCAGACUUGGAGAUGCCUUACUGGGCCUAUCCUGCAUUGUAAUACUUGUUCUGUUAAAAUGGAUGAAGGACACCUCUCCCAGAAUGCACCGCAACAUACCAAGAUUUUACCGGCUCUGCAACCUCAUCGUUUGGUUCAUCACAACAGCCCGUAACGCGGUUAUAGUGAUCGCUGCUGGACUGGUGGCUUAUUCCUUCCAAGUAUUGGGGUCACAACCAUUUAUUCUCACUGGGAAGACGGCAGAGGGUCUCCCCCACUUCCAGUUGCCGCCGUUCUCCGAGACUACAGCCAAUGAAACUCGCACGUUUAAUGAGAUGGUGCAGAAAAUCGGACCGGGUCUUUUUGUUGUCCCCAUGAUGGCAUUAUUGGAAAGUGUCGCAAUCGCAAGAGCGUUUGCGUCUCAGAACAAUUACAGAGUGAACACAAACCAGGAGCUACUCGCUAUCGGCCUCACCAACUUCUUGGGCUCUUUCUUGUCCUCGUAUCCAAUUACCGGAAGCUUUGGGAGGACGGCCCUUAACUCCCAGACUGGAGUGUGUACCCCAGCGGGAGGACUGAUUACAGGCCUGGUGGUUUUACUCUCUCUUGGAUACCUCACGCCUCUCUUCUUCUACAUCCCCAAGGCUGCUCUCGCUGCAGUCAUUAUCUGCGCGGUGGCGCCCAUGUUUGAUCUGCGAAUCUGCAAAACCUUGUGGAACGUAAAAAGGCUAGACUUGGUGCCUUUCCUUCUAACAUUCCUUGUUUCGUUCUGGGAGAUCCAGUAUGGGAUUCUUGCUGGGAUCCUGGUCUCCAUCGUCAUUCUAUGUUAUCCAGUUGCACGGCCACAAAUCAAGGUCUUUGAGUCAGAGAGUCUCGUUCUGCAGCCGACAAGCGGCCUGUAUUUCCCAGCCAUGGAGUUUGUCCGAGACACGGUACAUGAGAAAGCACUAGCAGUGUCACCCCAACGCUCGGUAACACUCGAUUUAUCUCAAGUCACUAUGGUGGAUUAUACGAUUGUGGUGGGACUUCGAGACCUGCUGCACGAAUUCAAGUCUCAGGGACUCUGCUUGACCAUCCGAGGAUUGCAGCCACCACUUCUUCAGAAACUAAUGGCAGCUGAUUUAAAAGCUUUUCAUCAUCUCCAGGGCAAAACAGAAGACCGGUUAAAAGAUGAAGACAGCACUGAGCCAUUACUUCAAGGUGUUAUCGGACCCUCAAAAUAGGUUUCCCCACCACCUUCAGCUGGAGAGAGUGAAGAGCUCAUGGUUUUUUUGGCAUAGGAGAAGUAUUGGAGAUUCUUAAAGAAUAAAUGGGACUGGUCUGAUAGUAUGAAACCCAAAAUCGACUCCCAGCAGUGGCUCCGCUACGGGGAGCACCAGGAUUGUGUGAGGAGUCAGACGUUUGGCUGAUUGACAAGAGUCUUAAAAUAAGACAAUGCAAUAACUGUGUGUAUUGGAUCACAAAGCUACGACCAAGCCGGUAAAUGAUGGACAAAGAUGAGCAAACGUCUAACCAUGUUCAAAUCCAUUUCUUCUUUACACAAGUGGCAUUCAGGUGAAUUGUAAAACAUAUAAUUAACGGGAGAACAACCCAAGUAUUGAUCAAAAAGAAUCACUGACUGCAUCUCCGUGUGACAAAUGUUUCCAUGAAAGGAUUUUAUACCAGGUUAAAAGAAGAGUCACUUUGAUAAAGUUUUGGAUGAUGUUUACGUAUAAGUAAUGGUAGUUUCCUGUUUGACUCUGUAUUGAAUUCCUGGUGAUAAUCAAGAACACUCCGUCCAUUUUUCCUCUGCCUUUUGUGUUUUUUGUCUUCCUAACUUGAUCCAAGUACUGAUUUUCUAAAUUCACAGCUGCACUUUUCAUCAACACAACGUGCAAUAAAUAUGUUUAUAGUUGUAUA